UGUCGGUGAGCUUGACGGGGAGAAAAGUUCUUCCAAAAUAGCAGCCACUCGGCCCAGUGAUGGGGGACUUCGCCUCCCCCGCUGCCGGACCCAACGGCAGUAUCUGCAUCAACAACAGCAUGAACCCGGCCGCCGGGAGCGUGGUGCCCGCCGGGUCUGUGGGCAUACCUAAGCACAGCACGGUGGUGGAGAGGCUGAGGCAGCGGAUAGAGGGCUGCCGGAGACACCACGUAAACUGCGAGAACAGGUACCAGCAAGCCCACGCCGAGCAGCUGGAGAUAGAGCGGAGAGAGACGGUCAGCCUGUACCAGCGGAGUCUGGAGCAGAGGGCCAAGAAGUCGGCCGGCGGCGGCGGCAGCAGCAAGCAGCCGCAGAGCAAGCAGCCGGACCCGGACUCUGCCUCCUCCACGGAACAGAGGAAUAACACGCUCAUAGCGCUCCAGGAGACUGUAAAGAGGAAACUGGACAGUGCACGAUCGCCCCUUAAUGGUGAACAGAACGGCAUCUGUGAUGGAGGCAGCUACUCACCGACCACCAAACGGGUACGGAAGGAUGGCACUGGUGGUUUGGACUCACUAACAGGUCUCCCUAACAACAACAAUAACAACAAUGUACCACCCAUCUCGCCACUGCAUCACCAAAUGGACAUUAAGCCCAUACUGGGCGGGCCCAACACUUCCACCGGAAACAACACUACAAACAGCAAUGGCAACCACGUAGGCCAGGCAUCAGAUGAGCUGGGGAAGAACGGUGGCAGCCAUCUCUCGGACAUGAAGCUGAACGGCUCGCUGGACCUGGAGGACAGCUUCAGCCUCCUCAAAGACCUGAAACAGGAGCCACUGGAUGAUGGAGGUGGGAUGGAGUCUUCUGAUCCCCAGUCUCUGUCCAAUCAGAACAAACUGUUCUCUGACAUCAACCUCAACGACCAAGAGUGGCAGGAGCUAAUCGACGAGUUGGCCAACACUGUGCCAGAGGACGAUAUGCAUGACCUCUUCAACGAGGACUUUGAGGACAAGAAAGAGGCAGAGUUCGGGAGGCCAGCGAACAAUCAGACACCAGGCCCACAGGAAGCAGCUGGGAAUACAACAGCACCUGGAGGAGGGGCAGCGCCAGCAGCAGCCCUGCCCCCUCCUCCUCAACCUCCACAGGGAGGCCCGCAGGUCCCCAUGGGCUCACCACAGGUCCGACCAUCAUCGUCAGGCCCUCAGUUUGCCACCACUGCCAAUGGAACGCCUCCACAGCAACCUUUGCAGCAGUCUCCAGCUGUUGCCAUGGCAUCAGGUUCCCCAUUGCACAACUGCGUGGCUCGCUCCCCUCAGACCCCAACACAGGCUCAGACGCAAGCAGUCUCUAGGCCUGGGAAUGGAUACAUGAUGAACCCGGGCCCAGGGGUGAAUCAGGCGGGCACAGGACCCGGAGCGGCUGUAGUCGCUCCUGGAGGUCAGCCUGUAGGGCCAGUGACACCUGAACUCUCUCCAGCAGAGCAGCUAAAAGCAAUGGCUCAGCAACGUGCUAAACUGCUGCAGCAGAAGCAGCAGCAGCAACAAGCAGCUAACUGGUCCCCUGCAGGCGCUCCAACCAGUCCCUAUAACUCUGGUCCCUUUAACCAAGACAAACCCAACAGCCCCAUGAUGUACCCACCGCAAGCCUUUAACACACCACAGGGCCCUCUAGUGGCUGGUAUGGCCCCCAACAAUGGGCCCAAAGCCCCCAUGAACAACUACCUCCCUCACAACCACAUGGGCAUGAUGGGCCAGCAACAGCCAAACAGCAUGAACCAGAACACCCUGUCCAAGCAACAGCAGCAACAGCAGCAGCAAACAGCAGCCAUGUUGUCCUAUAACAACACCAAACCGCUGAGUCACUUCAGCGGCAGCGGGGUUGAUCACAUAGGCCAGAGGAUGACUCCACCCAUGGGAGGGAACAAUCAGGUCAAGAACCCCAUGAUGCCUCCUUACAUGGGUGGUGGAGGAGGUGGCGGACAGGGCGCCGGGCCAGGGCAGACCCAGGGACCAAUCCCUGGACAGACAGCCCACUUGAGUGAAGAGCAGAAGAGGAUGUUGCUGAUGAAGCAGAAAGUGUUGAACCAGAACAUGCCCUACAGCGCCAUGCAGCCUCAUGGACAGGAACAAGGUGUGGUGGGAAUGUCACGACCGCCAGGCGCCAUCCCGCCACCUCACCCUGCUGGGGGCGUGGCUUCAGGCGUGGGUCCCAACCAGGGCUCGGGUCCACCUCCGGGUUAUGUGGGCAACCAGCAGCAGGCGGCCAUGAUGAAACAGAUGAUGGCGAUGGAGCAGGAAAAGAGGGUGCAGAUGCACAUGAUGGAGCAGCAGAAACAGCAGCUCUUCAGAGAGCAGAGACAACAGCAGCAGCAGCAACUGCUGGCUGAACAGCUCCAACAACAGCAGCAGCAGCAGCAUCUCCCCAGACAGAUGGGUCAGGGCCAGAGGAAUCCAUACCCCCAAGUCAAUCAGUACCAAGGUUCUCCUCAGGAUCUGGCGUCCAGGAGCCAGGCCCUCCAGAGCAUUCGGGCUGCCCGUCUCCUACAUCAGCAGCAGAACCAGCAGCAAAUGGUCCAGAUGAGUUCUGUUCAGGGCCAGGGUGGCUCAGUGGGACCCCAGACUGACAUGGGCUUACCCUACGGCAACCAGGGGUCCAACCAGGGUACCCUGUACGGGCUCAACCCCUCCAUGAGCCAAAUGAUCCACCAGCAGCAGCACCAGAGCCAAAGUGUCCAAGCCUCCAUGGGUCUUCCACCGCAGCACAACCCUGCCGGAGGACCACCCCGACAAGCAGGUGCAGGUCCUGGGGUUGGAGGUAUGCCUGGAGGCCCCGGAGGUGGUGGAGCUGGAGGGUAUGGAGGACAGGGGAUGUUAAUGAACUCCAUGACGCAGCAACCCCUGAAAGGUCCUCCUAACGCCAAAGCCCAAGCACAGAGACUGCAAAGCAUGCUGGGAGCAGGAGGAGGAGGUGGAGGAAUGGCGGCAGGAGGCUGGCCGCAGCAGCAAGGACAGAGUCUGCAGGCCAUGGGGGGAGGAGUUGGAAGGACUACAGGUGGAGGGGGAGGAGACAUGGUGGGGUUCAGUUCCGCCCAGGGUUAUGGAAUGCAGCCAGGUCAACCCCCGCGCAUGGCUAAGCAACACUUUCAGGGCCCGGGACAAGGGAUGAGCCAGGGAAUGGACCCCAGAGUGGGCAACCCAGCGGCUGGCAUGGGCGGCCCAAUGAUGGGCCCUCACAUGGGCGGACAGCCCAGGACCAACCAGCCCCGGCCCAUGGUCAUGAACCAGGGGAUGAACCAAGGGGUGAUGGGCCAGGGGAUGACUGGGAUGGGAGGGUUCGGGCCGGGCCCAGGGGGGCCUGGAAUAGGGGCGGGGGGAGGAGGAGGUGGACCCUACGGACCAGGGGGAGUCGGGGUUGGAGGUCAGCCACCGGGCUACCAAAGGACAGCCAAUCAGGACAUGUCAUCCUAUGGUUAUGGGGGCGGGCCCUCAGGGGGAGGAGCUUUUGGACUGGGCGAUGGCUCAGGGGCGGAGCUGGACUCAAGCGACGGUUGGAUGGAGGAGUUUUUCCCGAACCAAUAGCCAACGGGGAAACUGGGGAUGAGUUUUUACUGGAUGAACUAAGACAUUAAAGCAGGACAAACGUUUAAACCUGAGAGAGUCAAACAAAAAGGACGACGUGAAGUGGACUGGCAUGUUUUUGUUUUGUAAAACAUGAGCAAGGUUAUAAAUGAGUUCUUGUGUUAUGUUUUGUGUGUGUGCGUGUGUGAGUGUGAGAUGGAGAGAGCGAUCAUUAUGGUCUUGUGCAUAUUAAUGAAAAACCAAUAUAGAGAUUAAGAGGUGUGUUUCAUUAGUUUCCCUUUUUUCUCCACCGGAUGAAUUUUUCUCAUGUUCCAGUGUUUGAAAGCGAGCCCCGUUUACACAGCAGCGCUUUGAGCCCGAGCUUCAGCAGGGGCUGAUUGAACACCGCAGACUGAUGAAGGGGAAGGAAGACUUGUUCUCAAGACAGCAAUUUAUUUGUGUUUGUGUGUUUGUGCCACCCAGCUCAGUGCUUCAGAUCUCUCAACUAUGUGAGGAGCUGAAGGGAGUAGAAAGCUCUCUCAGCGCUCCCAUUUCCUCUCUUAGAUUUGUGCCCCCCAUAUACACACACACACACACACACACGCAAAUAUGUCUCCCUUGUGCUCUCUCACUUUGUUCUCUUCACUCUCUCUCUCUCUCUCUCUCUCUCUCUCUCUCUCUCUCUCUCUUACUCUCUCAUCCUCCUUCCCUCUCUCUCUCUUCCCGUCUUUCCCACCCUCUCUCCAGAGACUCAUUCCUCGCUCUCAACUCUCCUUUCUCUGUUUAAAUUGUGAACAUCACAACAGAACAAAUGAUGUUCUUCUGUUGUGCCACACAAGCACACUCUGCCCUCUAGUGCUUUUGCAAGGUAACCGACCUGGGUGGCAAUUUUUUAUUUUUUUUUGGGGGGGGGUUCAUUUCCUGUGUGUGCCGAGGGUGACGGGUAUGCAUGUAGAGGAAGACAAAGAGAGUGAAAAGCAGAGAACGAGGGAGAGAGAAUAGGCAGCUAAAGCAAGCACUAGGACUCAAAAGCUCAUACACACACACACACACACACAUAUACACAUAUACACGUAUACAAACCAACAAACAGGCAAACAAGCAUCAGCCCGGGAGGAUGAGCGGAAGUGUGAGAGGCAGCUAACAGAGCUAAUAUUACAUUAAACCUUCUGCCUGCGUGACACAAACCACAUCACAUGCAUCAGGCUGACACGAAGCAAAACGAUCGCUGGGCACUGAAUGUAUUCAAGCACCACAAGUGACUUCUUCUUUUUACGGAAAAAAAACUAACAAAAAAGCUCAUUGAAAGCCCACCCACAUUGUUUUGUUUGUUGCUGUGUUUUAUCUCUAACAAUGAUGCUGGUUGUGUCUUUGUUGAUUAAAAUGGAAAAAAAAAAAAAAAAGAGAAAAAAAAAGAAAAAAGUUCAAAUUAGCCUUCUUUUAGUUUGUGUUGUCUUUUUGAAAAAUCUGUUUGUCCUCCCGUCGCAGCACAGCCUUCCCUUCCAUUGUGACACAGCUAGUUGUCAAUCAGCCGUAGCCCCGCUUUACAUUGUGGCUUUCUCUUGUACCGCAGCUAUAAAACCGCCCUCGCUCCAAACUAGAACGUAACUGUGCUAUACUGUAACACUACUGUGAAGAAAUCCGAGUUGUCCCCUUCCAGCGCUUUACUAGGAAAAUGAACCACUGCUAAGCCUUGAGUUUGUUUCAUAGACGGUAGAGAAACUUCUGAUUGGGCUUAAAGGGUGACAACGGUUAGCGCCAGUUAGCAUCAAAACAAUCAGUGCUUCCACUGAAGUCGGUGUCUCCCCUCUCCUCUCAGAGCUUACUAGUAACCUGUAGGCUUUCCUCCAAGGCCUUACGGCUUUAAUUCAUCACCAACACGCAGUCCACUCUUUUGCCCUAAUGGUUGAGUAAUAAAUAUGUCGAAUAGGUUUUAAUACAGUAGUCGUUGGUAACACCUUACUUCUCUUAACUGUUUUGUAGUCUUGGUUCAAAGACGAAUGAAAGCGUGUUUGUACGUGCAUUACUUUGUAUUUAGCUCAUCAAGAGUGAACGUUCGGAGGAUGAUGCUGUAAUCAACAAACCAAAAAGCCUUCUUCUCUGUAAACUAACUCCUCGCCAUCAGCGCAUUUGUUCUCAUGGUUGUUGAUGUUGUAUAAUCCAACCCUUUAAAUACAAAAAACUUUAACCACCACGCCCAUCGUCCUGUAAGCGUUGCUGCACUUGGUAGCACCUACGAAUGAGGUUCUGUACUUUGAUUUCAUCAUGUUUGGGGAGUUGAAGUCCUCCGUCUCACUGUGUGGAGUCAGAAGGUCAACGGCAGAUGGAUGUCGAAGGUUGUAGCGUCCCCCAGUUUUAACAGGGGGGGGAGAUGGUCAAAAUAAGGAAUACCACCAUGUCGCUGUCUAGAGAAACUCUUGGAUUGUUUGAGCCUACCCUGUGUAGGAAACGCAGUGGAGCGCCCACUCCUUCGGUAGCUCCACUGCUCAUGCUUCCAAAACUUUGAUACCGCUCCAAUACUCCAGGCAGGCCCAAAUUCAGAGCACCAGACCGGUGAAAUGGAGGCAGUGUGUAGGAAAACACCUUAAUUUUACCGCUCCGAACUGGAGGCAGGAAGGUAGAGAAACACUUGUGGGUCAGUGUUAAGGUCACAGCCUCUGUGACCUUGUUGUCUUCUUCAAAGUAAGAGUUCAUGAUAUGGUUUGAAAUCCCUUCAGGAAGAGAAAGGAAGCUUCCUCCAAAUAUCAUUAUGUACCGGGACCAAGUCUGUAGACAACAUUUUAACAAAAAAUUGUUGUUGUUGAUGUUCUUUGUUUUAUUUUAUUUGUUUUUUUUUACUGGUGCUGACAUAUAUGUGAUUAUGAGAAAAAGUAUAUAAAAGAUAAUGGCUAUUUGUAAAUAUGUUUUUACAGGUUUAAAUACAUCA